CAAACAGUCCAGGUAGCUAAUUAAUUAGCAGCAACGUAACAACGUUCAGUUGGAUACUAACGGCCUAAUUUCAAGCAUAAUCACCAUGAAAUCCGCCCUGGUUCUUCUUGCCGUGGUCGCUGUGGCAUCUGCCGCCAGUAUUAAGAGCAAGCGAGCUGUGAAAACCCAGAAUCCGUUGGCUUUUGCUGCAUUGGACCAACUGCGUGGAAAAUCCAGACUGAGCGUGCCCGACCAGUACAACCUGAUCGCCACCGCCCAGGCUGGCCAAGAUUACCCCAACAAUGCCGUCAUUCCGCCCAGCAGCUUCGACUGCAGCACCACCCAUCAGCCAGGUUUCUAUGCUGACAAUUCCGCGGAUUCCCGCUGCCAGGUCUUCCACCGCUGCGACAUUAACGGCAACCAGACCUCGUACCUGUGCCCCAACAUGAGCGUGUUCAACUCCAUCACCCUGGUCUGCGACUGGUGGUUCAAUGUGGACUGCAGCAAGGCCGCCCAGUUCGAUGACUACUCCAACAGCCGUCUCUAUCAGGGCGCCAAUGUGCCGCUGCUGGAUGACGUUGUCCGAAAAAUGACCGGUGCUGUUGCGUCCGGCCGUGUGGAGGUUGCCGCUCCGGCGCCGGAGGAAGCCGCGCCUGCCGAGGCUCCUGCCGCUGAAGCAGCACCGGAAGCUGCUCCUGCUGAAGGGGAGGCUGCUGCUCAGUAGAUGAGGCGGUCGUGACCUUCGGCUCGCUGUCGACUUCCGAUCUUGUUUCUCCUACACUGCACAGAUUUUGUAACAAUUGACUGUAACAUUUGAACAUUGAAUGUGAUGUCUGUACGAAGGAUGCUUUGAGCUUGCUUGAAGAAAAAGUAAGCAUUAAAAGAACUAGUAUGACCACGGAUUUUUAAUAGUUCCAUUCCGCUCACUCCACUUUUUGCUUCGUACUUCGUUCUAGUUAACAAAUUUCCGGCGAGAUACCGUGUCCAACACGGAGUUCGUUAACAAAAUGAAAUUAUU